GUCAAGAUGAGGACAUCAUUUAUGUCAGUGAGGAAAAAAAGAACAAACCCAACAUGGAACUAUGUCCUGUUUGUGGAAGGUCUUUUCCUGAAGACAUGGUUGAAUUUCACGCUAGUAUCUGUGUAGAUAAUUGCUCUGCAGAAAUGGAAAUGUUUUCAGAGUGGAAAGAGGAUGCUGUAGCCGGGCCAUCCAACAGCAGAGAAGGUGACCUGGAUGCUGUAGCCUUACCAUUCAACAGAAGAGAUGGUGAGGAUUCUGUAGCUGGACCAUUCAACAGAAGAGAUGGUGAGGAUUCUGUAGUUGGACCAUUCAACAGAAGAGAUGGUGAGGAUUCUGUAGCUGGACCAUUCAACAGAAGAGAUGGUCAGGAUGCUGUAGCUGGACCAUUCAACAGAAGAGAUGGUCAGGAUGCUGUAGCUGGACCAUUCAACAGAAGAGAUGGUGAGGAUGCUUUAGCUGGGCCAUCCAACAGAAGAGAUGGUGAGGAUGCUGUAGCUGGACCAUUCAACAGGAGAGGUUGUGAGAAUGUGGUUGCCGGACCAUUCAACAGCAGAGAAGGUAACAAAGAUGCAGUAAAAAAUGACAAUGUUAAGUAGAUGAAGACAAUCGACACAGUAGCAAGCAGAAUGUUUUUUUUUUUUAUUAUUUACUUUAGAUUGGAAGAUGAUUACCAAUCCAAAAGAGGCUGCAAAUGUCUUCCGAAAACAACUACUAAUUACUGAAGAGCAGGAACAACCCUUGCGUUUCACCUUGGAUCUCAGGGAAGACCUGGAGGAGCAGGAUAGAGAGAUGAUUUCUUUGUACAAGCGACCAAAUGUCAACUGGGCUAGGCCAUUUUCCUGUAUGCUCAGAGGUGAUGCCGCCACAGGUGAAGGGGUGAGCCGUCACAUUCUUAGUACUGCAAUCCUAAAACUGACACAAGGCUUCAGGAUAAACUUUG